AGGCGCAUCGUUUUACACUUUGACUUUUUUACUCAGACUGAGACUGAACUCCGGUGGAGUGCAACACUGUCACUUGCACUUUUUUGCUGCAGGCCAGCCGCUACUUGUGCCACAAGGAUUUGCUUCUUGUGCUGUGCUAUUUUGAGGAAUUAAAACUUGCAUCGACGCUUCAAACAUGGCAUUGCUGGAGGAGAAGAAAGGCCCAGUGACAUGGGAUGCGGUGGUCCUGACAUGUGCCAAGAAAGAAUGGACUGAAACGUUGCAACAUGAACUGGAUGUGCGGGUGGCUAAAGGUUACCUGGGUCGAGACAUCAUUCAUCUGGUGGUUGAAGACCCCAAGUCCAAUGUUGGAAGUGGUGGAGCUACAGUAAACGCUCUUCUCUCUGUGGUGGAAUAUAUGAGUGCUCGUCGAGGCUUCACAGCCAUCAAUGCAGAUGUAUUACAAGGGGCAAACAUUUUGAUCCUACACACAGGCAGGAGUUAUACAUAUGAAGCAUGCAGCCGACCAUUUGUCAAUCUACCGGUAUCGAGAGUCUCCCCGACAUUUGAUGGCCCAGUGUGCAACUUUGACCUCAUUUUUUCCAUCAUUACGGAGAAGAUUGCAGUAUUUGCCAAGCCUGGUGUAUGGGUGUGCAGCACUGAUAUGCUAGUGUCAGUGCCAGAGUAUUUUGAUUUGGAAGAAGCCUUCCAGAACUGUGAUGUGUGUGGCAUAAGUAUACCACAAGCUCCAAAGUUGCUGAAAGAUCAUGGUGUUUACAAAUUAGAUUCACAGGGCUAUGUGGAGGACAUCUUAUAUCAAGCUGACAUUGCUGCUUUGGAAUCAAAUGCCAGGGAGGAUGGAUGUGUUGCUGCGGCUGUGGGCAUUGUGUACUUGUCCCUUGAAGUAGCUGAGAGACUGUUGGCAUUUUAUACCAAGCCCCCCUUGGAUGCCUGCACCUACAUGGGGCUGGACAGUGGUCAGCCACCUUUCAAGUUGUCACUUUUCUUUGAUGUCCUCCUCCCGAUGACAUCUGCCGUGUCAGAGGAUGACUUUAUUCGAGGCAACAGGGGUGCGUCUUUUGGCAAGCCUGCAACAGAGCAGCCCCCAAGCAGCAAGUUCAACAUGGAGUACGCUCGCACCAUGCUCUGGAGAGAUCUACAUGGCUUCCGCAUGAAAGCUGUCAUCAUCGAGGGUGGUAAGUACCACUACAUGACCCACACAGCUGCGGAACACAAGAAGAACAUGCUGAUGUGCCCAGAGACUCCAGGGCUGGGCUACCACUGGACCAAUAUGGCUCAUGUGGAGGUAGAGUCCUCAUUGUCUGUGUCGGAGGACAGUACAAUGAUCAACUCCGUCCUGACUGGGGACAUCACUGUUGGAGGAAGGACACUCGUAUCGCACUCAAACCUGAGUGGGAAGAUGAAAAUUGGCAAGGACUGUCUCAUCUCCUCUCUGCUGGUUGAACGCAACAAGACAGUUUUGCAAGAAAUAAACAUCCCUGACAGUAUGGUGGUUCAAGGCUACAAUGUGUAUUUGAAGACUUUGGACAGGUCGCAGUAUGUUGUCACUGUCCAUGGCAAACUCGACGACAUUAUGGCCCCUACUUGGAAAAGCCGAAGCACCUUCUGUAACCAGCCGUGGCUGAUCCUUCUGUGUCGCACUGGCAUUGAGCGAGAGGAAUUGUGGCCCACAGGCACCGAAAAUGAUCAACAGACGAUCCACACAGCCAAGCUGUUUCCACUUUUUCACGUAUCUCAGCACGUGGGUAUCACAGAGACGCUGUGGCUCCUAGGCACUGUGGAGGAUGAUAAAGAGAAGAGCAUUCUGAAGAGGUGGCGUGAAUCUUGGAGAAUUUCUUUGUCCGACAUUCUCAAAUGUACGGACAUUGGAGCUGAGUUCCAGUGGAAAAGAGACCUGUUUUUCAAGAUUGGAGCAAUAGAUCUAGAAAAGACCCUAAAUACUCAGGGAAACAAAGGGUUCUGUUGCCUUCACAACAGUGCAAGUGUGGAAGGCUACGCAGACUCCCUUCUGCAGACUUUGGACAAAGUGGCCAGUGAGACAUCCUCACCAGGUGUUGCGGCCCGUACCUUGGCCAACAUAGCAGACAUGUUGGGUGGGAUGGCAGGUACCCGUGGUGGACUGAGAAGUGGACCCGCCAGCAAUGUGGAUUGGAGAAAGGCUUUUGCAUUUCUUGAGGCUGGAAAUUUCUCCGAGGGUGUGGCAGCCAUGGCACAUCAGCGCCAAAAGUGGAUGGGACGGCCGGACCUUCUGAUCAGAGCAGCCAGACACUAUGAGGGCGCAGCUCAGAUUCUUAUAAGACAGGCAGUGAUGACGGCUAAAGAGUUCUUCACAGUGGAGCAAGGGACCCUCCCGUUGAUGAACAAGUGGGUGCAGGCUGACUGCCCGGCUCGGAUUGACAUCUCAGGAGGCUGGUCGGACACACCACCUAUCACAUAUGAGCACGGUGGAGCUGUUACCAUGGUGGGCCUACUCAUCAAUGGAAAGAGACCAAUUGGUGCCAAAGCAAGAAGAAUACCUGAACCACUCAUACGCCUGACCAUUGUUAACGAGGGAGCGGCUAACACAGAGGUGGUCUGUCACACCCUUAAGGACAUGGAGGACUACUGUCAGCCUCUGGCCCCUGGCUCGCUGCUCAAAGCUGCGUUUGUGUGUGUGGACUUGGUCGACCUGAAAAGCCAGACCUCUUUGUCCCAGCAGUUGAUGGAGAACUUUGGAUGUGGCUUUGAGUUAGAAUCUUGGUCCAACCUCCCUCGUGGCUCAGGCUUGGGAACCAGCUCUAUCCUGGCCGGGGCUGUGCUUGCUGCUCUGCUCGGUGCUGCUGGCAAAAGUGUGGACACCAAUGGCCUCAUUCACUCUGUUUUGUACCUUGAGCAGUUGCUGACAACCGGUGGCGGAUGGCAGGACCAGAUUGGAGGACUUGUCGGAGGUGUUCGUCUCGGCUUGUCUGAGGCAAAACUUCCCUUGCGUGUUGAUUGGGUGGACUUGAAGAUCAGCGCUGACUUCAUAGAGCGCUUCAAUGACCGCCUUGUGCUCAUCUACACUGGCAAGACUCGUCUUGCAAGAAAUCUAUUGCAGGAUGUGGUGAGGAACUGGUAUGCCAGGAACCCACACAUUGUGAACACAGAAGAUGCCUUGGUGAAGCUGGCUCAAGAAUGUGCUCAUGGAUUUAUUGACGGAGAUUUUGAAGUAGUGGGCAAAUGUGUUGGCAAGUAUUGGGAGAUGAAGAAGCGCUUGGCUCCUGGCUGUGAGUCGGCCACUAUCGCCCACAUCAUGAGAGUGCUUAAACCUUACGUGUUUGGCAUGUGCAGUGCAGGAGCAGGGGGUGGUGGCUUUAUCUACGGGAUACUCAAGGAACCCCAGUGCCUGAAUUUUAUCCGGGAGGUUUUGUCUGCACAGGAGGGUCUUGAGGCGGAGGUGUAUGAAGCUGUUGUUGACCAGAAUGGACUCACCGUUACUUAUGAGAACUGAUUAGAAGUUUCCUUUUUGUGAUAUAUAUCUGUGCUCCCCCUUUCUUCUCUUUACCAGCAUGUAUUACAUAAUUUCAGAUUGCUGUGCCUUUAUUGCUUUGCAUUUAUUCAUUAAGCCAUAUGUUUAUGAGACCUGUAUUCCUUUUAUUAACAUCUUAGAAAGUCUUGUUCUAUCUUUUAAAAUAUCAACUGCUCGAAGGUUUUUUAAAAUGUUUUCCAGUAUUAUCAAGUUUAUCCACCUAUAACACAUUGGGGUCUGUUAAAACAAUAGUGCUUUUUCUAGGGCCAGAUUUUCUCUGCCUCCAUUACUUGUAGAAGUUGAAGUGGUGCACAUUAUGUCAAAGUUUCAUUUAAACAGUUGUGCGUAUGAUGUUGCAUUUUUUGGUGUGGACUAGUGACAGAGCGUAGAACUACUUAAGCUUCUAUAGAGUUUUAUAGUAGAAUCCAGAAUAGUGUACUAUUAUACUAUAUUAUUUCAGUCAUACUUUGAAGCAAACUUCUCACAUAUCAUGAGAUGGAGGUUAUUAGGUUCAUGAGUAUGUUUUGUAGGUCUAUGUGUGUUUAGUAUGUACCUUCAACUGUUAAUGAAUUCUGGGUUCACUGUUUGAGAAUUCUGUUGUUGGUAUAAACCCUGUGUGCCUUGACCCCAUUUUUCUCAGACUGAAAAUGUAUUUAAUGAACUUAUGAAAUGUGUUGCACUUUUUAGUAUGUAUAAAUGCAUUGAUGUAAACAGCUGUUUUCAAUUCUUUUCACUGACAUUAUAGUAUAGAUCUAUAGUCUUUGUUUGUGGAAAAACUUGUCCAUUUCUGUGCCAACCUGCUUGAAACUAUAGCUCAGUAAUAUAAAUUAAUAUCGAAGUGACAGGCUGUGACAUAUGCUAUCCAUCACAAUACAAUGAAAGUGUACUGCCAUUAGGUACGCAAUGGAGUGUGAAUGAGGAAAAAAGCUUGCUAUUCUUCACAAAUUUUAUCAUUAUGUUUUCAUGCAGAACUGCUUUUAUAUAAAGUUGGUUUAUACUAAAGAUUUGUUGAAUUCCAAUGCAACUCAAAUUUCGGGUACUGUAAUAUGCUGUGUACUUACAAAAGAAAUUUGUUCUUGUGCUUUUCUCUGGGAUGAUACAAAUAGUAUCUUAUGGGGAAUAAAAUGUCCCUCAGUCC